AUGAUCCGAUUUGUCGCGUCCUUGGUGAUCGCCGCAGCCGUGGCGCUUGUCGCGCACGCGGCGUCCACUGCAGAUGUCUCCACUCCGCCGCUCUGCACUUCAUUGAAGGCAUGUUUGGCGUAUGGAAGGAUGGUGUGCGACGUCAGCACGCAGGAAUGUCCGCCAUGCAUGUACGUCGACGCGAAGGGCCAGACGCUGUGUUUUGAUAAAGUUGCUGGUACUGCCUUGUGCCCGUUUGUCAACACCACCGCCGACUGCAGCGGUGGAACGGCGCGGACUCUUCCGCCGCUCCGAAAUAAAACCUUUUCGAGCGCCACGAACCACUCCCUGCCGUCCCAACAGUCGCCAGACUCGACCGUCUCCCUCGAUACCUCGUCGUCGCCAUCGUCGUCGUCGUGGAAUAGUCUCAGCAUUGGGUUCUUCGUGACUGUGCUCGUGCUCACUGCAGCGAUCGCGGUUGCUGGGAUCCUGCACAUCCGCUCGACCCACGCACAAAAUCCGCCGCGGCGCCCGUCGACUCCAAUGCAAUUUGUCAAGACGGUUUGUUCGUCGCCACCCUGUAUCAGGCCAUCGUCAUUCAGCCAUCACCACAUGCCCGACCACGUGACGGCGGCAGCCAUGACCAAGACGCUGGUUGCCAUGUCGGAAGCGUAUUUGGACACACAGAGCAGCCUCGAGUCCGGGCGAUCCGAGUCGUUUUGCCACAUCAUGGAGCCGCCGAGAGAUGACUCGGUCGUUCGGUCGUCGGAUGUAUUUUAG